AUGAGCGGUCCCAAGAGAAAGCGAAGCGGGCCUGUCAAACACGAGAGCAGUCCCGGCAGCGCUUUGGAAGACGAUCACGGUGACCAUGGCGACCAUGAUAAGAAACGCCAGCCCGGCGUAAAGAGAGCCUGCAACGAAUGCAGGCAACAAAAGCUGCGGUGCGACGUUGUGCAGGAACCAUUUCAGAGUUGCUCUCGGUGCAACCGUCUAAAGCUCGAAUGCAAGAUCGAGUCCAACUUCAAACGAGUUGGCAAGCGCUCCAAGCACGCCGAGAUGGAAAAAGAGAUUGAGCGACUGCGGCGCAACAUUGAUCGAGCAAAAGCCCAAGGCUUUGUGUUGGAAGCCGGCGAUGACGACGACAUGAAUUCCCCUGUGGCCCCGAGCGCUACGCCGUAUACACACACCCGCAACACGUCCCUGAUGGGUUCGGACGAGGCCGUUUCUUCCCUUCUUCAUCUCAAGAGAGGCGGCGCAUACGCCGCACCACAUUACUCGUACGAGCUAGAGGGCGUUCGACUGACCGAUGACAAUGUCACCCAUCUUUUCAACGAGUUCUUCGCCUACUACCACCCGUUUUUGCCCUUUCUCAGCCCGCAACAGCCUCCGGAGCAAUAUAACCAACAACACCCGCUGCUAUUCUGGUCCAUUAUCGCAGUUGCGGCCCGUCGCUUUAGCCCGAGGGACUGUCCGAAUCUUCUCACCAAUUUGUCGAGCCCAAUGACCCGGUUCUUGUGGACAACAAUCGGCGAGGUGCCCAGCAACUACCAUGUGGUCAAGGCCAUGUGUUUGCUCUGUACGUGGCCGCUGCCCACCAGCACUACCACGUCAGACCCCACGCAUAUCCUCUGCGGUGUCAUGAUGAAGACGGCAACUGGCAUUGGAUUGCACCGUCCGAAUCACAUUAGGGAUUUUUCGAGGGUGUCAGUCGAACUCAACAAGGAGCAACUGGCCGAUCGCGUCGCUACCUGGGCGGUAUGCAACAUCGUGGCGCAGAAUAUUGGAACGGGAUACGGACAGCCAGCAUCGACCUUGUAUGACUGGACGCUCGCCCUCCGUCCUGGUGACGACCCAGCUCUUCAUCUGUCAACGGAUCUCGAAGCCCGGCUUCAAAUCGAGCGAUUCUGCGACAAGGUCUCCAAGGAGAUGUAUAGCAAUGCCAGUGACCCCAGAGGUGUUGCCGGCGAUGAACACCGUGCCAUGCUUAUGCGAGUCUAUCGUCGAGACUUUGGCGAGCUCCAAGCUUCAGUCAUGUCUCAGCAGCUUGGGCCGAUUGUCAAUCUGCAUCUUCGAGCCGCGGCACUUCACAUGAGACUGGCCGGCUUCUUCGAUUCCAGCAAGACUCCGGGUUAUAUGGAUGAUCUCAUGGGUCUUUGGAGAGCGGCAUCUAGCUUUCUCGACGAGCUUCUCGAAGUGGACAAGGUCACUUCGCCGCGAGAAAGGGGGCGCGGCACGAUUUUGCUGUAUGCGACCAAUUAUUUGCAACAGAUGCUUGUUGCGGCUGGCUUCACUUUGCUCAAGCUGAUGAGAUCGUUCUUCUGCAAGACAAUCGAUUUUGAUCGCGGUCGGAGCCUGUUCCACCACUCUGUCAAAGCUAUCCGGGCGACCAGCGUGGUUCACAAUGAUCUGCAGUGGCGCUUGGCUGAACUGAUGGUGCAGAUGUGGAACGGGGCUCGUCUGGAUAACCGGAACAAUGCUUACAAUCCAGACGAUGACACGGCCGUGCAAAUGGAUGAUAGCCUGCAGCUCAAGGUCCGCUGUCGUCACAGCAUGAGCCUAGUGUUUGAUUCAGUCUGGCGGUGGAGAGAAGAGUACCAAUCUCAAGGGCGAGGAAGCCUGGAGAACACGAAGCAUCCUACUCAUCCGGACUCGGCGAACGAAUCGUCGGCCUCAUCCUCGCAGCUUGACAGCACCCUCAUGCCGUCCCAUCCUCUCCCUCCAUCAAGCCUGUUGACUGCAAACGGGGCCUUGACACCCGGUGCUACCGGCCUGUCAGCAGCGGCAACUGCCCCGAGUACAAUGAUUGCUGGCAUGCCUUACGAUUCGAAUUACGACUUUUUCGAUCCACAGCAUUGGAUGCUGGACGGCUUGGUUGAUUUUAAUUACGGCGGCUUUGUGCCUCCGCUUGAAGGAGCGUAG